CAAUUUUUUUACAUUCCGUCGAAAAAUAUUUAAUUGUAUAUUGAGGAGGGAAGGAAUUUUAAAACAAUUUUGCUGCAUUUGGGCAAUGAACGCAUACGUUAUUCAGCAUGAGUAACUCGUUUUUCUAUGGGGUGUAUUUGCUUUGCAGUCAAAGUGCUGAAAAACGCUACAAUGGACGCUGCUAUAUUGGUUUCACCGUAAACCCCAAACGCCGUAUAAACCAGCAUAAUCGUGGUAAAGAUUUUGGUGGUGCCAAACGCACCAGUAACAAAGGACCCUGGCGCAUGGUUAUGAUAGUACAUGGUUUUCCAAAUAAUAUUUCAGCAUUGCAGUUUGAGUGGGCGUGGCAGCAACCGGCACUUUCUACACGGCUUAAACAAUAUUCGGAGUUGCGACGUAAAUAUCCAAAAGAAAGUCAUUUCCAGUACAAUUUUCGAAUAUUGAGCCGUAUGUUAAAUGUGGGCCCAUGGAAUCGAUUACCACUCACAAUUCGUUGGUUAGAAAGAGAAUACGAAUGUGAUUUCAUACUUAAACCACCGCUUCAUAUGGAAAUUGUAAGCGGCCACGUUCAACUACCAAAAUCUCAAGCCACCCGACCUAAAAAUGGCGAGGAACCACCAAAGGCUAUUUGGGCAACCGAAUGCCACUUGUGUAUGCAUCGCAUUGAGGACCCUGACCGUUCCCGUAUUGGAUGCAUUAAUUCAUUAUGCAAGCUCACUUGUCACAUUAUUUGCUUAGCCAAUUAUAUAUUAUCUUCCGAUGAAAACAAUCGUGGACAUUACAUACCUAUUGCGGGUGAAUGUCCGUUGUGCGAGGAGAAAUUUACUUGGGUCGCUUUACUACAGCGUAAGCGUAAGAUUCAACAAAGUGGUGUGGAACAUAUUGAAGAGGACGAUGAAUAUGAUGAUGAUAGUGAUAUUAGUGUAAGUAAAUCUGAUAGUGAGAGUGAAAGUGCUGAAUCUAAAAAAAAUACUGAAUUCGAUAAGUUUGAUUUUAUGGAAACUCCCGUUCUUGAGGGAGCAAAUAUACAAAAUAUAAGUGGCGAUCAAGAUGAAAUAUAUGAAUUGAGCGACUGAUGAAUUUUUAAUUGAAUGGAAAAUAAAGCGAUGUUUUUUAAAUUUCAAAA